AUGACAUGUAAUCCAUCUUGGCCUGAAAUAGAAGAACAUUUAUUGGUAAUAGCUGAGGUACAAAAUCAGCCUGAUUUAGUUAGUCGAGUGUUUAGAGCGAAGGUAGAAGAGAUGAAAACAGAUAUACUAAAGAGAAACAUAUUUGGUAGAGUUGCAGCUUUUAUGUAUACUAUUGAAUUUCAGAAGUGCGGUCUUCCACAUGCUCAUUUUCUUAUCAUACUCAACAACAAAUAUAAAUUGUUAACUCCAGAAGCUUAUGAUAAAAUUAUUUGUGCCGAAUUGCCUGAUCGUGAUACAAAUGAUUACUUGUAUACACUUGUUACUAAACAUAUGAUGCAUGGACCUUGUGGCAACUUAAAUCCUAAAUGUCCUUAUAUAGAAAAAAAAGGAUAUUGUAAGUUUGAAUAUCCAAAAGAAUUUGCUGAUCACACAUCUAAGGGAAAAGAUGGGUAUCCAAUAUAUCAAAGACGAAAUACAGGCAAAGUUGUAACUACUAGAGGCCAACUUCUUGAUAACUCCUGGGUGGUUCCUUACAAUCCAUAUCUAUUGAGCAAAUUUAUUUAUCAUAAUGAGAUCAAACAAUAUCAAUCUGCUAGAUGGGUUUCGCCGCCAGAGGCAACUUGGCGUUUAUUUGGUGUUCCCAUAAGCGAAAUCAUCCCAACAGUUUACCAUCUUCAGAUUACGCCAAAUUUGAACAAGAAACAGAUUCGUCAUAUGACUUUAAACAAUAUUAAUGACAUUUUGCAUUCAAUGGGUCAUGACAUAAGUGAAUUUAUACUUGUACCUGAAAGAAUUUCAGCUUCAUCAGCCGCUAAAGAGGCUCAGGAUUCUUAUUUUGAAAGAAAUAUAAUUCUUAGAGAAGAAGAUUUGUUGUUGGAAGCAAAAUUGAAUAAUGAACAACGAGAAGCAUAUAAUAUAAUUCUUGACAGAAUAUUUAAAAAUAAACCUGGAGCUUUUUUUAUAGAUGGUCCUGGAGGAACAGGAAAAACUUUUUUGUACCGUGCAAUACCUACUGCUAUACGAUAA